CCCUCUUGCCAGGCAGCUCCUUCCCGGACUCACAGAACCAGAGCCAGGAGGGAAGGGGAGUGACUGCAGGGAAAUGGGGGCCAGAGGGGUGGGGCCAAGUCCAGCAACCCUGCCUCCCCGCCCCCACCCCGCGAGCUCACAGGGUAAGAGUGAGAGGUGCGCACUCUAGAACGUGCCAGACACCUGUUCACACCUGGGGGGCCAGGGGCCCCGCCACCCGCCCGUGGGCAGCACCAGACUGAAAGCGAGCGGGCACCAGGGCCUUGGAGCCCGAACCUGCACCUGAAGCCAGUCCCUCCCCUCCCGCUGGUGUGGGUGCCACACGGACGGGAUGCUUACGAGCUGCCAGCACGCACACACGAGGCCGUUUCUGCUCUGAAGCCCAGCGCACAGUCCCCGCCUGUCCCCCUUGCUUCCAGGAAAUUCUCUACGGAUUUUACUCCACGUGACCAUUUCCCAAGAACCAGCCCGCCUGGGCCAGAACCGGACGGUUGCUCGAGGCCAGCCAUUGCUGCGGGGUGCAGUCCCUGGGCCGUGGCUGGGCCCUGGGGACGGGCCUGCAGGCUGUGCUGCUGCCUCCUGGCUCUGUGCCCCGCCCACCCCAGGGACAGCACUGACCCGAGGCCCAACGUGUGUCCCAGAAAGUACAACUGUGUCCUGAGUUUCUGCUCAAAUGUCUGCUCGGUUCACUUCAGCCAGCCGCCCCAGCGCCAUGUGGAGCUGCGGUCCGCUCAACGGCACGGGUCGGGGCGAGGACCAGCCCCUCUGCCAGCACUCCCAGCUGGUGCUGUCCGCCUUCUCCCUGCUCUACCUGGAGCCCACCGCCUCUGGGUGGGCCCUGUGGGGCUUCAGCAGCGAGGCCCACGUGACGCUGCUGGUCCUGUUCAACGUCUGCUCCCUGGUGACCAUGUACUCCACGGCCCUGCUCAGCCUCGACUACUACAUCGAGCGGGCGCUGCCGCGCACCUACAUGUCCAGCGUCUACAACAGCCGGCACGUGUGCGGCUUCGUCUGGGGCGGGGCCCUGCUCACCAGCUUCUCCUCCCUGCUCUUCUACAUCUGCAGCCACGUGGCGGCCAGGAUCGUCGAGUGCGCCAAGAUGCAGCACCCGGAGGCCGCCGACGCCAUCAUGGUGUUCAUCGGGUACCUGGUGCCCGGCCUGGCUGUGCUCUAUGCCCUCGUGCUCAUCUCCCGGAUCCGCAAGGAGGACACGCCCCUCGACCAGGACUCGGGGAGGCUGGACCCCUCGGUGCACAGGCUCCUGGUGGCCACCGUGUGCACACAGUUUGGGCUGUGGACGCCGCACUACCUGACCCUCCUGGAGCUCUGUCGCUGUCCCCGGGGGAAGCGCCAAGGCAAGAACACACAACAGCACAGGCCUGUGCUCUGGACCCGGCGCCUGUGCGAAGGGGAGCUGCGUUCGGCCCGGCUCCUGGAGGAGAAACCUCCACCUUCUCCGCCCCCGCCCCACGCCUGUGCUCACCCCACCCCGCACACCUGGAUGACCCGCAGGCUCACGCUGCCCUUCUUCCUGGAAUGUCUGACCCGGCGCUUUCGCCACAUUGCCAAAAAAUGGGAGGAAUUUGCGCUGCGCAGAGAACGAGGAGCUAUUGGGAGCUGGGGGCCUGGACAUGUUCCUCGUGGACCUCACGGUCACCAACGUGCUGGCACUCCUCUCGCUCACCGUCGCCACCUGGCCGACUACCUGGCCACCACCCACCUGGGCUGUGCCGCCCUCUCCUUCCUGUCCAACACCUGCUACUUCAAUGCCCAGUACGUGCAGCUGGCGAUGCUCUUUGUGUUCCUGCUGCAGGGCGCCCCAUCCUGUCUAUACCCGGCCACCCAGGCGACUCCGAGGCGUGUGGGGGGCCUGGCGGCCCUGGGGGGCUGUGCCCUCUGCAGCUCCCUGGCAGACUCCCUGGCAGUGGUGGCCCUGCUGGGCAUGCCCGGGAGCUGCACAGGACCGUCCUGUGCCAGCUGGACCUGCUGA